GAGCCCAUCUAUUCCCUAUCUCUUCCCCGUUUUCCUUUUCUUCCCUGAGCCGCACCCCUCCCUCCUUCUGGCCCAUCUCGCCGUCGAGCGCCCCGUCCCCCUCGCUGGUCUUCCUCCUCGCGCACCACUGACUCCAGUAACGCAAAGCGCCGCCGCCGCCUGUUGAUCUGCCCUUCGAUUUUCUUGCUCCCGAACGUUUCUCCUCCCAUCACCCCACGAACCGAUUCUGCCCUUUAGCUCCCAGUUUCAUCUCCUUAAUCUCCCCAAUUCUUAACUGAGGCAAAUUCCGCCCUACCUUGCCCUGCUGGGUCCUCCGCCCAUGGUUGCUGGUCAGGUCCCCGUAUCCGGUAGCAUCGCGACAAUGCUCUCGCUGCGGCCGCCCCAUAUUUCCUUGUCUCCACCGUGGCGGAGACGGGCCCGCCUCCAUGGUGUCCCUGCCUCGCGUUGUGUCAGCACCGUGGCACCUGCGGCCAACCCAGAGACCGCUGCUGCGUCGCCGGCAAGCCUCUCCUUUCCGAUACUGGUGAAUGGAUGCACUGGUAAAAUGGGAGUCUCUGUUGCUGAGGCAGCUGCUUCUAGGGGUCUUCACCUAGUUCCUGUUUCAUUCAGCAGCAGAGAGAGGCUUGAUAAAACAGUACAAAUCGGUGAUACAAGCAUAGAGAUAUAUGGUCCUUCUGCAAGAGAAGAUGUCCUUUCAUCUGUCGUUGAUGAAUUCCCAGAUGUUGUUGUUGUGGACUACACGGCACCUGAUUCUGUGAACUCUAAUGCUGAGCUCUAUUGCAAGCUUGGCGUGCCAUUUGUAAUGGGUACAACUGGUGGGGACCGGCAGUUACUCUAUAAGUCAGUGCAAGAUUCAAAUAACUAUGCACUGAUAUCUCCACAAAUGGGCAAACAGGUUGUUGCAUUUCUUGCUACAAUGGAAAUAAUGGCCGAGCAGUUUCCUGGUGCUUUUUCAGGCUAUCGCUUAGAGGUGUUGGAAUCCCAUCAAGCUGGCAAGCUGGACAUAUCUGGUACAGCUAAAGCUGUUAUUGCUUGUUUCAAGAAGUUAGGUGUGUCAUAUGACAUGGACCGGAUAGUUAAGAUUAGGGAUCCUGAGCAGCAACUUGAGAUGGUGGGUGUCCCUGAAGAACACAUUGAAGGGCAUGCAUUCCAUUUAUACCAUCUGACUUCUCCCGAUGACAGUGUUUCAUUUGAGUUCCAGCACAAUGUUUGUGGCCGUUCAAUAUAUGCUGAAGGGUCGGUUGAUGCCGCAAUAUUUUUGUAUAGGAAGGUACAAUCAGAGGAUCCUAAGAGAAUUUACGAUAUGUUUGAUGUCUUGAGAGAAGGCAAUAUGCGAUGAAGUUAAUUGAUUAUCUUUUCAUAAAUCUGAACGAAAUUUUGAAGCAACUUCAGUAGUCUGGGGUAGGGGUCGGGCCUAGUAGGUAUUUGAUAUUUCACUAGUCUUGAGCAUUUGAGUCAAAAUUGUGUAGUUAUGACGUAGCGAAGAACAUGAUAUUCUAGUUGCCUGCCCCCCUACUGGGUUUAAUGAUUAUAAUGAUUUUUCCUAUAUUAUGAUCGAAUGCAUAUUAUUUAGGUAUUAUUUAUGCCCAUGUAUCAUUUCUUUAGUUUUACACAAAUUGAUGAUUUUCAUAAGUUAUCAAGGGACUUUCUGGCUGUUAGUA